AUGGCCGAAAAAAACGAUAAUUUUAAAAUGAAUUUUAAAGAUGAAAUAAAUUGUAGUCAAAAAGUGAUGGUGGUUGGAACAAGAACUGAAAUCGAGCUAAUGAUCGAUCAUAAUGUACAAAUUAUUUCCGAAAGGUGCAGAGAAUAUGGUGAGAGUCUAAAAUUAAAAAUGAAAAAGUUAAGGGAAGGAAAAGUAGCUGAAGAGAAUAUCAACAAUCAAAAAUUUAUAUUUGAGAAUUCUGAUCUGAAAAAUCUCAAUGUCAGUUAUCUUGUUGGUUCAUUGAAAAUGAAUGAAGCACAAUUUUCUAACAAUGUUAUUGGGAAGAUUGACAGCAUUGAAACUGAAUCACAAACCAUUAUAAAAGCUGAUUUAAAAGAACCACCUCAAAAUGAAUCUCUGAAAUUUUGUGGUGGAAUUGAAAAUGAUAGAAACUGUAAGGUAACUUUAUACACUGGAGAUCUCACUAAUAUGUGUUCAGAUUACUGUUUGUUCUUCAUCGACCAUUCCGGAAGAAAUCCAAAAAAGAAUCCAUUUUUGGAUUACAUUGUUGUAAAGGCUAGGGUUGAUGAAAAAAAGAUGAAAUAUCUAACCACUGAAACAGAAACAGCACCUAUUGUCCUGGAUGGUGGGAGGUUAAGAUGUAAAAGUCUGAUAUUUGUUCCUCUCAUUUUUAAAAAAUUGUAUACUCCAGAGUUUCAUGUUGAGUUGGUUGCAUUGUUAAAUCAGCAACUUGAAAUCCUAUUUAGCCACUUCAAAAUAAACAGCCAACCAACCGUAUCCAUAUCCAUCCCCACAAAUGGUUUUGUAUUUUUGUUUGGAAAUAAGAACUUAUUCGUUACCUGCUUAUACAAAUCUCUGAUGGUUAACCUUUCAACUAGAAGAGAAUUUGCAACGGAGCUCAAUUUUGUUUUUCCAGAUGACAAUGAUCUAAACUUGAUCACUCCACUCAUGAAUGCCUCCGUCGAAGGCCAUAUUGAUAAUUUAGGCGCUAGUCUUACAAGUGGCACAUAUUUGGAAUUAUAUGCAGGCUCUUUGUUUGAUCUUCGGGUGGAUGCCAAACUCGUCAUAUUUGAUCAAAAUUUUAGUCCCGAGACGACAGUGUUAGGUAAACAAAUUUUGAAAAUACUUGGAAACUCCUUCACAACACAACUUAAUUCGCUUAAAACAAAGUUAAAAAUUAACAAUAUUAUUUAUAUAAGAGGUGAUAAAUUGAAAUGCAAAUUUAUCUUCUGUUGUCGCACCAUUUAUUCCGAGGAAAAAUCUGAAAAAGAGAGGUGCAUAGAUGGUUGUUUAAAAGAAGCGUUGGCACUUAUGAAGAAGAUGGGUUUGAAAAGCUUGGCAAUGCCUCUUCUUGGGUCGGGUAAUUAUGGUCUGGAGAUGGAAAAGUCCGUUGAAAUUUUGUUAAACAAUUUUCAAACUGACGAUUUUGGAAAGGUUGUAGUGGCUGUUCCGAUGGAUCGCCAAAUAGUUGAGAUGUUUGAAGUCGGUUGCCGGUCUAAAUCUAUUUGGUUCUAUCAAAAAGAUCGGUUGAUGAGCAAAGAUGAUAAGAAGGAAGAAGAGGAAAGUAUGGAUACAUCAGAAUGCACAUCAAGGGAAACAAAUUUGAGAGACUUUGAAACAAACGUUAUUGAUAAAGUUAUUGCUAACAAUGAUGACGAGAACGAGAAAAGUUUCCAAUCUUUAGAGAAAGACGAUUCCAGAAACAAGAAAAAAGAUGAGUCUAAAGCAGAAUCAAAUACAACGACAGCAUCCGAAACUAAGAUUAACAAGGCAAAUGUUGCAAGAUAUCAUUGGUAUUACGUAGAGAAUGGAAAAAAUAUUAGGUACCCAGAUGCUAUCAACAAAAUGCUGGAGAGGAACUACAUAAACGAGGCAAGUUGUUCAAGAUGGUCUGAAUCUGGAAAAAUUUUUAUCGUCAAAUAUGCCGAGAUGAUGGAGUUUGUGGAAAAUGCUGAUAAAGAAGAAACGGCUAUCAAAGUCUUGAGGAUACCUGUCCGGGUCUUGGAUUUAUGCAUUCCAUCACAUAGCUUUUGA